AUGUUUUUAAAUUUUAAUUUUUUAUUGUUAUUAAUAUUAAAAAUCAUAAUUUGGAAUUCAAAAAAAUGUUAUACUUUUAUUUUAAAAAACAAAGAAGUACUUACAAUUAGCAUAGUAGAUAAUAAAAACAAGAAUAAUAAUAGAAGAAAGUUAGUUAAGGACACAAGUACCAGUUAUGAAAUAAAAGAUAUGAUUAUUUCAUCAAGUGAAAAUGAAAAUUAUAUAAAAACGAAAUUAAAGGAAUUUGAAAAAUAUAGAAUUGAAAACUACAGCUCUAAAUAUACUUUUUUUUUCCCUGGACAAGGUGAACAAUAUAUAUCUAUGGGUGCAAAUUCUUAUGAUAAUUGUAAAAAUGCAAAAGAAAUUUAUGAUCGUGCAAGUAAAGUUUUAGGAUAUAAUUUAAUGGAUGUAAUAAAGAAUGGACCAAUUGAAAAAUUAAAAGACUCCGAAAUAGCACAACCUUCUAUUUACACAGUAUCAAUUGCUGCUUAUGAAAGAUUAAAAAGUGAAAAUAAAGAAAUAACUGAAAAAUUAAAUUUAUGUAUGGGUUAUUCAUUGGGGGAAUAUUCUGCCCUGACAUGUUCAGGUUCAUUACCUUUUGAAGAAGGUGUUUAUUUAACAAAAGAAAGAGGAAAAGCAAUGCAAAAUUCUGCUAAAUUGUAUGAGAUGACUACUAUUGCUGUCGUAGGAUUAACUUUAGACACUAUUUAUAAAUUAAUAGAAGAUGUUAAUAAAGAAAUGAAAGAUGACGUUUUUAUUGUAAGUUAUAUGACUGAUAAAAAAUUUGGUUUAUGUGGAAAGCCUGCAAGUAUGGAUUAUCUAAAUAAAUUAGCAAAAGAAAAAUAUAAAGCCAUUUUCACCAAAAAGCUGCAGAUAUCAGGUGCAUUUCAUUCUUCUUACAUGUUUCCAGCUAAAGGAUCCUUAGAAAAAGUUUUAAAACAGACCAAUUUCAAAAAGUUAAAUGUUCCUGUUUUAUCAAAUGUUGAUGGUAAUGCUUAUGACGAUCCAUCCAUAAUAAAAGAGUUAUUACUUUUGCAAUUAACUAGUCCAAUUAAAAUAAAUUUAUGUUUACAAAAUAUUUUAAAAAAUGGAUAUGAAAACGGAUAUGAAUUAGGGCCUGGUAGUAUAAAUACAAACCUUUUAAAAGAUAUAUCAAAAAAAACUAAAACUGCUAUACCAUAUAUAUAA